GUGUUAAUAAAGUUGUAGCGGGUCGACGUUUGCGUCGGACAACAUGGCGGCCUCCAUGCUGGGCUCGCUGCUACGGACAGUUCGGCAGAUGGUUCCUGCACCAGCUUCCGGCCAAGUUCGAGGUUACUAUGUGGACUGGAAAAUGUUGCGAGAUGUAAAGAGACGAAGAAUGGCCUAUGAAUACGCAGAUGAGAGACUGCGGAUCAAUUCGCUCAGGAAGAAUACCAUUUUGCCAAAAGACCUUCAGGAAGUGGCUAAUGAAGAAAUUGCUGCUCUUCCCCGGGAUAGCUGCCCAGUUAGAAUCAGAAAUCGGUGUGUUAUGACGUCCCGUCCACGUGGUGUGAAACGGCGCUGGAGGCUUAGUCGCAUUGUCUUCCGUCACUUGGCUGACCAUGGACAACUGUCUGGGGUCCAGAGAGCAAUGUGGUAAUCACCUCCAGAACCUGCUAAACUUGCAGGGAAGUGGGUUCUGGUGAGAAGACUUUUCUAACAGACAAAAUCCUAGUUUUUAUAGGGGUCCUGUACAAGAGUCUGAUCUACUUAAUGCUGUCUGUAGUUAAAUUACUUCUAAAUUUUAAAUGAAGAAAUUGAGAUGUUCCAUUUUGUCAGCAAAAUGUGAUAGUGAAUUGUCUUUUCUGCUAGACUGAAUGGAUUAAACAUAAUGUUCCCAAGCAUGGUGCAAAGGAUAGAACAAUAAAAAGUAUUUUCUGUGAAAAUAUGCUCUGUAUGCUU